CAUCUGCUGAUUCUGCCGAAUUUUUCAUAAAAUCUUUAAAUCCUUAUUUAUAUGCACAAAUAUAACGGAAAAUGUGAUCGUGAACCUCCAAGUUUUCGAAAUAACCAUUCCCAAAACAUGAAUGCCCUCUGAACGAGGUCGUGAUACCUGAAAGUCAACUAUGCCGUGACUUGAAUUGUUAAGAUAAGCCAUGAUCGGCGACCAUCAACACACUGAGCAGAAAACAUCGGCCAUGGGAACUGUUGACUAAGUACUCGUGUUUGAAAACAAAUCGAAAGCAGUAAAAUGGCGCGCGAAAGUAUGCUUGCACGUGGAUCUUCUAGUCAUAGCGUAAUGUUUGUUAAAGUUGCUGUUGCAGUAUUGUUCUUAGGAUUACCAUGUGCACAAUCGCAGAUAGAAAAAAUGUAUGUCGACGUCACAGAAGUCAACCUCUUAGUGGACGAGACGCGGCUCUUCAAAUUGAUUCAAAUCGGCGAAUACAACGAAACCAUAGACGUGGCAAUACAAGCCCAGCAUCCUGACAUCGUCCAGUUUUCACCGCCUCACGUCUUAAUACCGGGAGUAGAGAGACCGAACACAACAGUCGAGAUAUCGUAUGAUAUCAGCGCGCAUGGGAAAAGUCCCGGACAUUCCGACGUUUCGUUUAAUGUCACGCCGAGCGGCAUCGUCAACAUGGACUCAGUAUUCAUCCUCGUCACUGUGAUGCACUCCAACGCCAUCUACAUAAUCUCCUACAUCAUGGGCUGGGUGUACUUCGCGGCGUGGUCAGUCUCCUUCUACCCUCAAAUCUACACCAACUUCAAGAGGAAAAGUGUCGUGGGACUCAACUUUGAUUUCCUGGCGCUUAACAUCAUGGGCUUCACUAUGUAUUCGCUGUUUAACUGCGGCCUUUAUUUCUCUGGGGAAAUACAAGCAGAAUACUUCGCUCGACACCCGAAGAGUUUGAACCCAGUACAACUGAAUGACGUCUUCUUUUCUCUGCACGCCGUGUUCGCCACGCUCAUUACGAUUGUACAGUGCUUCAUUUAUGAGCGCGAGGAUCAGCGAGUAUCGCUAGCGGGACGCGGGAUCCUGGGCGUCUUCGUCCUUGUAGCCGUAGUGACUGCCAUCUUAGGCGGCGUCGGCACUGUGGAGUGGCUCGACUUCCUGUACUACUGCAGUUACAUCAAGCUAGCCAUCACACUCAUCAAAUAUGUUCCUCAGGCCUACAUGAACUACAAGCGCAAAUCCACCGUGGGCUGGAGCAUCGGCAACAUCUUCCUAGACUUCACUGGCGGUUUCCUCUCCAUCUUCCAAAUGGUCCUCAACGCGUACAACUACAACGACUGGAUCUCCUUCUUCGGAGACGCCACCAAGUUUGGCCUCGGCCUGUUCUCGCUCGUGUUUGACGUGUUCUUCAUUCUGCAGCACUAUGUGUUUUACAGAGAGACCAACGAUUUUGAUGUAGUAGACAGUAACAGUAGUGACGAGUCGAGUCAAGGGGAAACGCGGAGUGGUGACGGGCGGGAGUACUUUUUAUUGGUCCAUAAUUGGAAUGCCGAUGAAAAGAAGUACGAUCUCAAUGGCAAAGCGUGAUGAAGGCUGGAAGCAGCUCAGGAUCCUGUAGUUAUAAAAAUUAGGUUAUUUAAUGUGGUUGAUAGCUUUAUUGCAAUGCCAUACACUUUUAACUUAUCCGCCCAUAAGUCUACCUAGAAUUAUGUCUAGCUUGCUCAAGAAAAUACCUGAAAGGUACCUAUAGAUUUCUUCCUUAUUUGUAGCUAAGAUAUAUUAUAUUUUUAGACAUUGGUAGUAACAGGGACCAAUCCAAAUUUGUAUAGAUUAAUAAUUGACUGUUUUGACUGUAUUUUACAUUAGGUAGGAAAGAAAUUUCAAAUCGUGAAUAAUAUCAUAAAUAUAUUUGUGUUGUUAAAUUGUUAUUGAAUGACACGGUCAUUCGUUCGAAAAGAUCUGUGAUGACAUUAUAUUGAAUGGCGCAUUUUAUAUUAAAAUGUGUACAUUUCGAUGACAUUUUAUUUUAUUCUUCAACUCAAAAUAUGACCGGAUAUUAUUAAAAAGCCCAUCCUUUUCCCGCAUACCACAUUUAAAUUAGGUCUUUAUUUGUGUACAAUUUUAAUUAGAUCAAUUAACAUAGAAUUAAGACGAACGCUGUAACUUUUCUUGUUUAUAAAUAAACGAAUUUUGGCUU